AAACAUGCCUCUGAGUCAGGGCCUCCACUGAGCUGUAACAACACGUUAAUCAGAACUGCCCGGCAUCUUCUUGAACAAGACUUUCAACAGGGGCCAGUAUGCUUCGCUUCAUUCAGAAGUUUUCUCAAACAUCUUCAACGAUGCUGAAGUAUUCUUUCCCAGUGGGAUUAAGAGCCAGCAGAACAGAUACACUUUCUCUCAAGAUGUCUCUCCAGCAGAACUUAUCCCCGUUUCCAAAGCCUUGGCUUUCUUCUUCAUUUCCAGUGUAUAUGAGCAAGACACAGUGCUAUCAUACAUCCCCCUGCAGCUUUAAAAAGAAGCAGAAAGCAGCACUUCCAGCCAGGCCACCAAGCACCAUCUCUUAUCUGCCUGAGAGCCCAAAGCCAGCAUUAUAUAUAACUGUGGCAGGACUAAUCCCCUUCGUUGCUCCACCACUGGUCAUGCUGAUGACAAAAACUUAUAUUCCCAUAUUAGCUUUUACUCAGAUCGCUUAUGGAGUCAGUUUCCUAUCUUUCUUGGGUGGAAUCAGAUGGGGUUUUGCUCUACCAGAAGGUAGUCCAGCCAAACCAGAUGUCCUUAAUUUGGCUAACAGUACAACUCCUCUUUUGUUUUCAUGGAUUGCCUUCCUUUUUUCUGAAAAACUCGGUGAAGCAGAAGCCAUAGUCACAAUAAUAAUGGGUCUGGGGAUAGCAUUACACCUUGAAGUUUUUCUCUUACCACAUUAUCCCAACUGGUUCAAAGCCCUGAGGUUAGUAGUCACUUUAGUGGCCACUUUUUCACUGAUAAUCACUUUAAUAGUUAAAGAUGUUUUUUCUGAAAAGGGACAUAAAAAACCUGGUCAAAGAUAAAAAUACACUGUACAUAACAUUAGUAUGCUGGUUAAACCUUUUUCUACUUCUGUUUGGCUCUUUUUUUCCCACACCAAUGGUAAUUUACUCUUCACAGAUUGUUCUUCAUUUCUAGAAGUUGUUAUUUCAUAGUAAUUACUUGAGCAAGAGCUUGGAAAUCCCUGUCAAAUGCUUUCAUCUCAUAGUAAACUAGUUUUCAGUCAUUUUAUGAAUAAUAUAGUUAUCCACUUAAACAUUUGAAUGUUUUAGCUGUCUUGAAAAUUAAAAGAUUAAAAAUUC